AGGCAGCGCUGGGUGCUGGAAGUCGGCGUGCGCGAGGUGUCUUUCUUGAACCAUUCCAUCGGCCACUGCGGCGCGAGCAACAAUCUUUUCGGCACUAAUGUUCUUUUGUUCCGCUCCGCUCGCCGAAGGAAUCAGUUAGCCGACGACGGGGGUUCUUUAAUACUUGCUUUUGACUGGGAACCAAGGACGAAAAUGAGAUCGGUGAACUAGAAGCAGAAAGUCCGAGGGAAAGAAGUUGUCGACCAUGGCCUCGAACAACAAUUUCACGCACACUUUAAGAGCUGGCCGCAUAUUGUGGAGGGACGGCCAGCAGAGCGCGGCAAACUGCACGCCGCCGGCCAUCGAUGACUUCCCCGGCGACUUUUUCACGGAGGAGCAACGCCAGGAAGGUGCUGUCAUCGUCCACCUGUUCAUCUCCCUCUACUGUUUCUAUGCAGUCGCGGUCGUGUGCGACAAAUACUUCGUUCCUGCCGUCGAAAGGAUAUGCAACAUUCUGCACAUGUCCGGCGACGUGGCGGGCGCCACCUUCAUGGCGGCGGCGACGUCGGCGCCUGAAAUGUUCGUCAACGUGAUCGGCACGUUCAUCACGGAGGGCGACAUCGGCGUCGGCACGAUCGUCGGCAGCGCCGUCUUCAACAUCUUGGCGGUGGCCGCGUGCUGCGGCAUUGGCGCCGGCAUGGUCGUGCCGCUCGAGUGGUGGCCCCUGACCAGGGACUGCGUCGCUUACGGCAUCACUGUUGUCCUCCUUAUUAUCACCAUCCGCGAUGAGCGCGUCGAGUGGUACGAGGCGCUUACCCUUGUCCUCAUCUACUUCAUUUACAUAGCUGUGAUGUAUUAUGACACGAGCAUUCAGAAAGCGUUUAAGAGUUUUUCGAAUGAUGCCAAGAAGCCUGAGUCGAUCCCCAGCAGAGAUGUGGAAGCGCGUGACGCUUGCAUCCCUCUCCAAGACACGGACUCCAAGGCCACGGCUACUAACGAGAAUGACAAAGAAAAUAACGGUCGAGUCUGUAUUGUUACGGAAGAAUUCAAGUCAGAGAAAAUCUACUUGAGCACCUAUCCGAAGGGCAAGAGCUUUUGGAUCGAGUUGAAGUACAUAAUUUCGUGGCCAAUUCACUUCAUCCUGUUCCUGACCGUUCCCGAUUGUGAGAAUCCGAACUGGACCAAGUGGUACCCCGCCACCUUUUGCAUGUGCAUCGUCUGGAUCGGCAGUCUUACCUACAUCGUCUCCUGGGCCCUUACAAUUAUAGGCGAUACCAUGAAAAUUCCCGACAGCGUGAUGGGAAUCACUUUCCUGGCUGCUGGAACUAGCAUACCUGAGGCGGUUUCGAGCGUCAUUGUUGCCAAGCAAGGCCACGGCUCAAUGGGUAUCAGCAACUCGAUCGGCUCCAACACUUUCGACAUUCUGCUCUGCCUUGGUCUGCCGUGGUUCAUCAAGGCGGCGUUCUUACCGACCCGGGAGAACCACCACUACAUCACGAUUCAAUCCUCAGGGCUGGAGUACAGCGCCAUCUCGCUGCUCUCCAGCCUCUUCCUGCUCUACAUGACCUUUUUCUGCAACAAGUUCCGGCUGGAUCGCAAAGUGGGCAUCGUCUGCCUGAUCAUGUACGUGUGCUUCCUCGUGCUGGCCUCGGUCAUCGAGCUCAACGUCUUCUUCGUCGUCAACCUGCCCACCUGCGAGAGAUAAAAAUAUUUCUUGUGCGGAAUGAGAGACGAUAAUUAUACAUGAAGUGCCUUUUGUUUGUCUUAGUCAGGAUUAUAAUCGAGAUUUUUUAAUGUUGCCGAUUUUGAUGUGCGUGCGAUGAUGCAUUUUCGAAUCUAUUACUCUCUCAACCCAGUGAUACUGUUGAUAUUGAAUUCGUUGUGAGAUAGAAACUAGACGCAGCUCCGCUCUGCAAGUGUUAAUUAUUUUGCUUUGCCAAUUAGACUCAGUAAUGCAUUUUCAGCAAA